AUGGAGUUGCAAGACGUGGAGCGGCUCCGGGACGAGUGUGAAUAUGUUUUCGCCCAAGAUUAUCAGCAGACAGUAGAGUACCUGGGUGGUGUGAGUCUACUGGUUCGUGACGUGGCGGCUAUUGUUGGCGGCGAAAUGUCGGAAGAGCGGUUAGGCCUGGUAGUUGUGUUAAGAGUUAGAUGAUGACGAUCAUGCUAAUCCCUAGGCUUAUACGACAAGAGUGCAAUAGUGGCACUCAGAGACUUCAUGUAAGAGCUUCACGGUUAUAGUCGUUCACUAGUAUACUUGUGCUCGUCUUCUUUAUCGUGCCAAGGUCUACGCGCUGUCUGCAUCGAGCCAGCUGGCUUCCCAUUGUUCGCGUGUUUGUUUCGAUUAUCGGUUCGGAACGGCAUACGACGUUCGCGAACGAUUUCUAGAGGGUUAUAUGUGUGGGCGAGAAGCGUGGCAAAGUCUACAAGCCAUGGACCUGGCGAAGAUCUGGGGAGGCGAUCCGGGUUACUAUGCGCUUUUGUCUCUGUGGAGCUACCUGCUCGCAUUUCCAACAGAGCAGCUUCGAGCACAAGACCUCAGGCGAGUCGUGGGGUGUCUUUAUGCGGCCAAGCGGCGGAACAAGGCAGCAGAGCCUAAAGGACAACGAACAAAAAGGGCAGCCAAAGUAGGAGGAAAUCAUAGAGCAAUGAAGACUAUGCUACUGGCCAAGCUGCGCGCUCUAGUAUUUGGCUGAAGAAAAGGCAAGGCGUGCGCCUGCCUCUACACAUCUGUCCAUCUAUUUCGGUAAAGUUUGUUACUCUCUUUGUUUCGCUUCUUUGUUUGCACGGUUAAGGAAGUAAAAGAAUAUAAAAACUUUACACGAGAGUGCUCAAAUUAGCACUGGUUUCGCGACGAGAGCAAUGCAAACAGCGCCGAAAAGUGUGAGAGUGUUUCUGUGAUGAAAGAACUGAGGAGCGACGUAGUUAACUGAAGUCGAGCAC